AUGACGUCAAUUGGCACUGGCUACGAUCUCUCGAACUCGGUCUUCUCUCCGGACGGCCGGAAUUUCCAGGUCGAGUAUGCAGUCAAAGCAGUCGAGAACGGAGGAACGGCUAUCGGCAUCCGAUGCAAGGAUGGCGUGGUCUUGGCCGUGGAGAAGAUCAUCACCAGCAAGCUUCUGAAGCCUGGUGCAAACAAGAGAAUAGCAACGGUGGAUCGCCAUGUUGGCAUUGUAUCCGCUGGUCUCGUCCCGGACGGCCGUCACUUUGUUUCCAGAGGCAGAGAUGAGGCUUCCUCGUGGAGGAGCACUUACAAAGGCCCCAUUCCGAUCGCGGCGCUUGCCAAUCGCCUGGGCGGCUACGUGCAAGCCUAUACACUGUAUUCCAGCGUGCGGCCAUUCGGUGUGACUUCGAUUGUCGGUGGAUGGGAUAGCGAGGCCGAGCUGGCCGUGGAUGGCCAGGUGGGAACCGGACCCAAGUCGGGUUCUGGUGGAAAGGUCGAAGGCGCGAAAGCUGGUGGCCCUGGUCUCUACAUGAUUGAGCCGAGCGGGUUGUAUUGGGGCUAUUACGGUGCCGCUACUGGCAAGGGACGACAAGCGGCUAAGGCGGAGCUGGAGAAGUUGGACCUGAGCGCGGAGAAAUUGUCGUUGCACGAGGCCGUCAAGGAAGCGGCCCGGAUUAUCUACGUGGCCCACGAGGACAGUAAGGACAAGGAAUUCGAGCUGGAGAUGACCUGGAUCAGUUCGCUGGACGGGCCCACCAAGGGACGACACGAGGAAGUGCCCCGGGAACUCCUCGAGGAGGCAGAGAAGGCUGCCAGGCGAGCUCUGGAGGGCGAGGACGAGGAAGACGAGGGGGCCCGGGGCUCCGGGGAGCAAAUGGAGGAAUAG